UAAUACGUAAAUAAAGGAAUUGUUUCCUAUUGAAGCGGAGUGAAAGUAGUCGCUCAAGUGAAAAACCUAUUAAUUCUAAUACAGUCUAAUUAGGUUGACUAUUGACCGAUUGUGUAGCUGGUUAAGUGUUAUCUAACAUUUACAGUAAAGUUUAAAUGCAAGUGACAAUUGCAUGAUGGGUAAAGUGUUGCUCGAGAACAUAUUUAAAAACCUAAAAAUGGACAGUAAUCUUGUUGCCGCAACGAAGGCGAAAGAGUAUUUGGCGGUGCAUAAGGAAUUUCGUAGUGAUUCCAGCAUAAGUGCUUCUGAACAACUUAUUGUUAACAAUUUCAACAAUAGAAUAUUUUGCCUGCAACGGGACACCAUUGAAGAUCUUUUUAAUACGGAUCGACCGGAACUUCACCCUGAUUUAUUAACAGAUCGAUCUAAUGGAUUAAAAAAACUUGUAGAAGAAAUCGAACAAAACAUUGAUUUGAUAUGUGAAUUGGAAUAUUUAAUUAGAAGCAUUCCUGUUCGAGAAACCAAACACAGUAUUCAUCUUAUCUUACAGCAUUUGCGGUUUUCGAGUGAAACUAAAUUGAUCACAGCGGAAGAGCUCUGUUUAAUCCGAAAUAAUACGCCUUUACUGGCUGUGGGUUGUUAUUUUCAGUCACUUAAACUGUACGAAUUCUCGUACUUCUACGCAACAAAUGAAACUGCUAUAAUUUGUCAUUUAAUUACCAAAUUAUGUCAAAAUGUGGGAUUAGAUUGUCUAAAGUUAGUAAUUGGAGAAGCUGAUGUUUUAUCGACUGGUUUCAUAGAAUUUACUAAUUUAUUCCAUGGUUUGGCGCCAGAGGUCACCGGAAUCAUCACCGAAAAAUCUGACGUAGACUCAGCUGUAGACAUUUUCCUUAACUCUGAACAUCAUCCAUUUCAGCUGUCACGUAUAUUUGUACAAGAAAGCAUAUAUACAGAUUUUAAGGACAUCAUUGCUUGGAAAUGUAGAUCACAACAAAAUACCAACAUCAUAUUCAAAUCAAACUGCACAGAUGCUUUCAAAUAUGAAAAGAAAACAUUUUACUUGGAUUAUGCUGGAAAUAUUGAAAAAACCAAAAAUCAAAACGAUCAAUUGGUGUUCGUCGAAGCUUUCAGGACAAUAAAUGAGCUCCUUUCUCUAUUAAAUAAGUUUCAAAAGCAUCUUUGUUUGUCUAUAUGGGCAAGCGGUGUAUCAGAAGCAAAUGAAAUAGCACUGAACGUGGACGUACCCAUUAUCUGGAUAAAUGAUUAUUGCAAAUUUGAUGGACCUCCAGAAGUAUCACAGGCCAUAUUUGAUAAAACAUACUUAAGUGGUCAUGUUUUCACUAAAAAAGAGAUUAUAGAACACUUGUCGCAGCAUCAGAAGGCGUGGGAGAAAGAACCUUUCAUUGAACGCUAUGAAAAAGUAAUUAAAGCAUUUGAAAUGGCUAAUCAAGAUAUUGGAAAUGUCUUGAAAGCAAAAACAAAAUCAUACUGGAAGAACAAUAACUACAUUGCAGUGCAAGAUAAAACUAUGAUAAUGGUAUUUAGUUCUCCUAUCCCUUUGAUAAGCUUUUAUUGGACCUAUGAAUUAAGCCAUAAUAUCAACCAUCCUAAAAUGGUAUCUAUAUGGCUAAGUUUUGCCAGGGCACUUAUAAAUGGAAGUUCUAUAGGUUAUCGCGUUAUGAAGAGCAGGAAUGACGACUUAAUAGCAGAUUUACUUAAAUCGUUGUCAAAAUUUGGUCUUCCAUUAACUGAAAUAGAAAACACGGAUUCCUCUAAUUUGCAGCAUAAGAUGACAUAUAGUUAUUAUGCUGAAUGUUUUCAAACCAAAGUAAUCUGGACCAGCUACGGAACCACUUUUGCAAACUGAAACAGUGCUAAUUACCUAUAGGUAUAAGAAAAUUCUACAGAUGUCUGAGUUAAAUAACGAAAACGAAUUUCUAUCAAUUUUUUAUGUGUGUGGUCACAAUGUAAAAUUAAUAAUUAGUAAUAAGUAGGUAGUAGUAUUUUUAGGGUUCCGUACCCAAAGGGUAAAAACGGGACCUUAUUACUAAGACUUCGCUGUCUGUCCGUCUGACACCAGGCUGUAUCUCACGAACCGUGAUAGAUAGACAGUUGAAAUCUUCACAAAUGAUGUAUUUCUGUUGCCGCUAUAACAACAAAAACUAAAAACAGAAUAAAAUAAAUAUUUAAGUGGUGCUCCCAUACAACAAACGUGAUUUUUUUGCCGUUUUUUUUUUGCGUAAUGGUACGGAACCCUUUGUGCGCGGUGGAUUAUUUUGAAUGAAACAAAUUUUAUUGCGUAAUUUUUUAUUUGAUUUGUAAAGUUUAUCAUAUUAUAUUUUCCUUGGUAGCAAAAUUUGUUUAACCCUCAUGAUUUGAAACCCUCGCAACGCUCAAGAUUCUACUUUUCGAGCCACUCACUACGCUUGUGAUAAAAUUUUGAAAUCUUUCGCUUGCUCGGGUACCUAUCAAUACUAGCACGAGUAGUUAAA